CUGGCCAAUCAUAAGCGGGAUUAUCACUUCCAACUCCAAGUAGCAGCACAUAUGCUAAUGGCCUCAGGUGCAAGAAGCAGCACGCCGCAGCUUCUCCUACUACUUUACGCUGGCUGCGUCCUCCUUUCCAUGUCUCGUAAUGCUCCUCAGCAUCUCGUAGCAGCCGCCAACUCACCCUUCUCCUUCAGCUUCGACUUCUCCACCAUAUCCAUCUCUCGCUUACAAGACCUCCGAUUGGAGGGCGAUGCGGCCUUGCACGGGAAGCUGGUCGACCUCACCUACAACUCCAUCACGCAGAGAAUCGCCAACAACAACUGCAUGGGGCGGAUGGCGUACGCUCACCCUGUGCCCUUCUAUGACAGUAUCACCGGUGAGGUAUCGAGCUUCACCACACGGUUCAAGUUCGCGAUCGGGCUCAACGUCGGUGGCAGCAACAAAGAGGGUGGCAUGGCUUUCUUCCUCUCCAGCUACCCUUCCAGAUUACCGCCAAGCUCAAGCGGGGGUAACCUCGGUCUCCCUGUCGAUGACGGCCGGAGCCAAGUCCACGGCACAGACCAGUUCAUCGCCGUAGAGUUCGACGUGUUCAGCAACACCUGGGACCCAAGUGGCACCCAGGAUCAUAUCGGCGUCGACAUAAACUCUGUUAGGCAGUCGGUUAACACGACAAGCUUACCCACCUUCAGCUUGAACGGCUCUAUGACAGCGUCCAUCACCUACGACAACAGUACCAAGAUGCUUGUCGCCUCCCUACAGUUUGAUGAUCAUCCUUCUGUCGGCCCCAUUGAGGUAAGCACCAUAUUGCCUGAUCCCGUCACGUCCUUGCUACCGCCGGAGGUGGCGGUGGGGUUUUCUGCGGCCACUGGUACAUCUUUCCAGCUCCAUCAGAUAUUGUCUUGGUCCUUCAACUCAACCCUUUCGACUCACGCAGGUUCUGACGCACAAGACACACAAAUAAAGCGCAGACGAAUGACCACUGGAUCGGUCUUCACUAGCAAAUCAGGUCGCAAAAAGUAUUAUGGACAGCUUUUUGUAAUAUUUCUGGGAGUAAUGGUAGCAAGCUGUUGGAAGGAUGUCGCACGGUUCAGGUGGGAAAAUACACUUGAUUUCUUUGCGUUAAGAACAACAGGCCUCAGGCGAUUCGAGUACGGAGAAUUGGCCACUAUGACAGGCGAUUUCUCCACCAAGCUUGGAGGCGGUGCCUUUGGCGAAGUAUAUCAGGGGAGCUACUGGAAUGAUAGCAGCAUGGAAUGGGAAGAUCUGGCUGUCAAGAAAAUGAAGAACACAACAGGAAGGGAUUUCAGGGAUGAACUCACGACAAUUAGUGAAACAAGGCACAAAAAUCUAGUGGAGCUGAUAGGUUGGUGCUGCAGCCGAGACUUCAUCGGUUAUUGGUGUUGUUGCUUUCAGCACAAGGUUGAACUCUUCCUUGUAUAUGAAUUGGUACCUAAUCGCGACCUGGAAUACCACCUGAAUCACUUUCUACCAUGGGAGAAGAGAUACAAAAUAGUGAGGGGAAUAGGGUCCGCUAUAAAUUAUCUCCACCACGGAUGCAAGCAGUGCAUCUUGCACAGAGAUAUCAAACCAAGCAACAUACUCUUGGACGACGAGUUCAACCCCAAGCUUGCUGACUUCGGGCUAUCGAGGGCCGCCGAUAACAUACUCUUGGUCGACAAUGAGUUCAUCCCCACAGUGAUGACAACUGCUAUUGGGACCGUGGGGUACAUGGAUCCGAAGUUAAUGAAAAAUGAUAAAGUUGAGUUCAACCGUAGGACCGACGUCUACAGCUUCGGAAUUGUCCUACUAGAUAUUGCAUGUGGAAAGAAGCCCAGGGAGGAAAUCCUGAGGAGCAGCAGAACAGGGGCGCAGUUUGUGAAGAAUAUCGCGGAUGCCAAAUUAACUGGUGACUUCAACAUGACACAGAUGGAGCGCGUGGUUCUCCUGGGCCUUAGGUGCUCUCAUCCAGAUGCGAAACAACGUCCCUUAAUGGAGGAUGCAAUGAAAUACCUCGAGGAUGACAAAGAGUUGCCUGCUAUAACACAAAGAGAGGGCCACGAGCAGGAGCAGGGUGCAUAUGCCACUAUUAGCUCUGACAAGCAGACACUUAUGCCACCUCGUGCUCGCUCUUUUAGUUAAUCAACCUCAGCUAGCUGCGCCGAUCGACACUUGCUCAUGUGUCAUCCAGGCGUGUGUGUGUGCCUCUUGUAUGCAAGCAUCACUCGGUUAAAAUUUCACUUCUUCAGUUCAUUGUUGUAAUUCGGACACAAAUUCAUCACUAUAUUCUUUUCAUAAGCGCAAAGGGUCUUAAGUUUAUCAUGUUUACCUCCACUUAGUAGAGUCCAAAAAUGUGGACUGUCGCCCAAUGGAAAGAGGGCAAUUUUUAUUUCA